AUGUUGACAUUGAAACCUUUGGUGCCUAUAACGUUAAAGCCUCGUUUUUCAUUCAACAUUCCGCGUCAUCAUGUCCGUUUCUGCAAAUCCCCAUUAAAGGUCAAGACAUACGCUCAAAAUGGCGGCAACGACUCGGCCAAGGAGUCUUCUGGUGGUGGAAACAGGCCGGUUAGUAACGAUGAUGGUGAUGGUUCGAAGAAAGAUCUGUUUGCUGGCUUCAGUUUCCGGUGGGGCGAUCUGCUGAAUCCGGAUCCAGAUAACUUUGUGGCCGUUGGAUUGGCUGGAGCAUUGACUUGGGCUAGCCUUCAAGUACUAUCGCAGCUUUUCUUCAUCUCUUUCGCCAUCCUCGUGGCUGCUCUCAAGUAUUCUUUUAUCGCUGCGCUUCUCAUUUUCAUCCUCGUCACUCUCCUCUAG